AUGAAAACGAUUUGUCACGAAUUUUUCAAACCCAAAGAUUCUUAUGCCGCCGAAAAAACUCUACUGGCCAUCACCUUCGUAUUGGGUCUCACACCGCUGCGCGUUGUAGGAGCCCAUGGCAAACGCAGAAUGUCCAUAUCCCAUUUGGGCUACGGCAUCACUAUAAUGCAGGGCAUAUUUUUUGUCUAUUGCUUUUUGCAUUCGUUUCUAGUGGAUGAAUCUAUAGUGGGUUUCUUUUUCAAAACGGAAAUUUCGAAAAUCGGUGAUAUUUUACAAAAGUUUAUCGGUCUUAGCGGAAUGCUUAUAUUAUUUGGCGUGAGUUUGCGUAAAAGUCGUGACAUGAUCAAUAUGUAUCAUACGGUGGCUGUUAUAGAUGCCAGAUUUUUAAAUUUAGGCGUGGAGUUCAAUUAUUGUUACAUUAUGAAAUUUCGUCAUUCGAAAUUGGUGAUGGUGACGAUAGUUUGUUCGGCCUAUUUGUCCAGUAGUCUGUGGAUGUUGUUUCAUAAUCAAAUAUGGCCAUCGUUUCAAGCGGUUGUUGCGUUUUUUGUACCGCAUAUCUUCUUGAUGUGUGUGGUGGUUUUGAAUGUUUCGUUUGUUAUGCGCUUUUGGCAACAUUUCGAUUUGUUGAAUAAGGUCCUCAAAAACCUUUGCCAUCAAUGGGAUACACGCAGCAUCAAAACAAUUACACACAAACAACGUUCACUCCAAUGCCUGGACUCAUUUUCCAUGUACACCAUCGUUUCAAAAAAUCCCGCUGAAAUUAUACAAGAAUCCAUGGAAAUACAUCAGCUGAUAUGUGAGGCAGCCUCCACAGCCAAUAAAUAUUUCACCUAUCAAUUGCUAACAAUCAUUUCGAUUGCCUUCUUAAUCAUUGUAUUUGAUGCCUACUACGUGCUGGAGACACUGUUGGGAAAAUCCAAAAGGGAAAGUAAAUUUAAGACCGUGGAAUUUGUGACAUUCUUUUCGUGUCAGAUGAUAUUGUAUUUGAUAGCGAUAAUAUCAAUUGUGGAGGGCAGUAAUAGAGCUAUUAAGAAGAGCGAAAAAACUGGUGGCAUUGUUCAUGCCUUAUUGAAUAAAGCCAAAAGUGCCGAUGUUAAGGAGAAACUUCAGCAAUUUUCCAUGCAAUUAAUGCAUUUGAAAAUUAAUUUUACAGCAGCUGGUUUAUUUAAUAUUGAUCGCACUUUAUAUUUUACGAUAAGCGGCGCUUUAACUACUUAUUUAAUAAUUUUGUUACAAUUCACCUCUAAUUCACCACCAGCGGUCACACAAAAUGGUUGCGAACCAGCACUUAAUGUCACAGCAAAUCAUACGCAAACCUAA